CAACAGAUAAUGCUACGUGCUGUUGCACGUAGUCAUCUGGUUGGUCAUGGCGUAACAACCCUGUACCAAAGAUGGGCCGUGCAUUGCUGUGAUUUUUGUACAAAUAAUCUUUUUUAAACAUAUAAUGCUAAGUUUAAAUGUAUUCCACGACGCGGCCAGCUAAUCGACUCAAGCGUUAUCUUAUCCAAAGACACACGGGUACCAAGUUUAAGCAUAAGCCACUUAGUUACGAUUACAACCAACCUCAAACAACACGCAACUACCUAACUAUCUAACGAAUUAUAUAAAUUUAAUUACUAUUGCUAAUCUGUGAUUAUAAAACAAGAAGUGGGAGUUUCCCCACGGAGAAUGCAAGCCGAGAAUAAAGUGUAACAAGAAAAAAAACAUUGUAAGGUCGCUGAUUAUAAUGUCGGCGCGCGUCUUCUGGGCACACGGCGAGUUCUGCGCGACGCAUCCAUGGGAGGUGAUCGUCGCGACGCUGACGCUCACCGCCUGCAUGCUCACCAUGGACCAGCAGCAUCAUGCGCCGCCUCCGAAACCACCGAUUAUUCACUGUAUCGGUUGUCUCAACGAGGCGGAGAAUAAUGCCGCUGACGUAAUUCUUAUGACGAUCAUCCGCUGUCUGGCUGUGCUGUACAGUUACUACCAGUUUUGUAAUCUGCAGAAACUCGGGUGCAAAUAUAUUUUAGGAAUCGCCGGUUUAUUCACGGUGUGUUCCAGCUUCGUGUUUACAUCGACGGUGCUAAAUUUUCUGCGUAUAGACGUAUCGGAUCUAAAGGACGCUUUGUUUUUCUUUUUGCUGGUCGUAGAUUUAUCCAAAGCGGCGAUUCUGGCUGAAUUAGCUCUGAGUGCGUCUAAUCAGGACGAAGUUAAGAUGAAUAUCGCGCGGGGAAUGUCCCUCUUGGGACCAACCAUCACCCUGGAUACAAUUGUGGAAACUCUAGUCAUAGGAGUAGGCACUCUCUCAGGUGUUCAUAGAUUAGAAAUGCUUUCCUGCUUCGCCUGCCUCUCGGUGAUAGUCAACUACUUGGUCUUUAUGACCUUCUACCCCGCGUGCCUCUCGCUCAUCCUGGAAUUAUCGCGCAUCGCGAACAUCUACGGCAAUCGGGACAUUCCCAGUUCGCUCAUCUCGCGCGCCUUGAAGGAAGACAUCCAGAAGUCGAAUCCGGUCGUGCAGCGCGUCAAGCUGAUCAUGUCCGUUGGGCUUAUGCUGGUGCAUGCACACAGUUACUGGCCGCUGCGUGAAGGUGAAGAUAAUAUUGCGCCACUUACGGAACAACGCAUGCCGCUUAACCGAACCGACGAUACUGCUCUCCAUGGAUCCAUUAUGAGAUGGAUCACCGUACGACUUGAUCACGUCGGAAUUCUAAUCCUGCUGGCGGCCCUAGCCGUAAAGUUCAUCUUCUUUGAGAACAAAGAAAACUUAGAGCAACGAGCCCGCAUGGCGGGCCGACCUUUCGUCACCCAGCAACUGCCGGGUGUGCCUGCUUUCCUAAAGACACACGAUGUCGAUGAAGGUUUUGUAGACAAAGAAGUACAAACCGAUGAUUUAGUUGUAGCUAAACCAGACAACGAUGACCCAUCUUCCUCUACUGAGGAAAAUGCCUGCAGUAUUGACGAAGUUCCAGCGAAACCUAUGAGGUCCCUAGCUGAAUGUAAAGAGAUUUAUCACAGGCAAUGCAGCGCGCGUGAUCUCACCGACGAUGAGAUUAUUCUGCUCGUGAAAAACAACGUUAUUCAAGCUUAUCUUCUCGAACGGGCCAUUCUGGACCCCGUGAGAGGUGUGGGCAUUCGACGUAAAAUCAUUGGUGCCAAAGGCGACAUUACGCAAGCCAUCGCCGACCUGCCGUACAAAAACUACGAUUACCAGAAGGUUAUGGGCGCUUGUUGUGAGAAUGUGAUUGGUUACAUGCCGGUCCCCGUGGGCGUGGCAGGUCCUUUACUUUUGGAUGAGAAAGAAUUCUAUGUUCCCAUGGCGACCACGGAAGGAUGUUUAGUGGCCAGUACCAAUCGAGGAUGCCGGGCGUUAUCCGGAUGUGGGAUUACAAGCAGGAUUAUUGCUGAUGGCAUGACGAGAGCGCCAGUUGUUAGAUUUUCAAAUGUGGCACGUGCUAGUGAUGCUGUAAAAUGGUUGCAAUCUCCACAGAACUAUGAGAGUUUAAAGAAGCGUUUCGACUCAAGCAGUCGUUUUGCACGUUUAAACAGUAUCCAUUCACGUAUUUUUGGACGAUUAGUGUACAUCCGGUUUGCGGCGACCACUGGAGACGCCAUGGGAAUGAACAUGAUUUCAAAGGGUACUGAGGAGACUCUGCAAAUGAUGAAAAAACACUUUCCUGAUAUGGAGAUAAUCAGUCUCAGUGGAAAUUUCUGCACGGAUAAAAAACCAUCAGCAGUCAAUUGGAUUGAGGGGCGUGGCAAAUACGCAAUUAGUGAAGCAAUCGUCCCCAAAGACGUCGUGGAAAAAGUCCUCAAAACAACAGUGGAUAAAAUGAUCGAAGCGAAUAUAGCUAAAAAUCUGGUAGGCUCGGCUGCCGCCGGAAGUAUUGGUGGGUUCAACGCGCAUGCAGCUAAUAUCAUCACCGCUAUCUACAUCGCUACCGGACAGGAUCCGGCGCAGAACGUAGGAAGUAGUAAUUGUAUGACACUAAUGGAAAAGGGCGGACCAACACUUGAGGAUUUGUACAUCUCCUGCACAAUGCCCUCGAUAGAAGUGGGCACAUUAGGUGGCGGCACGGUGCUGUCCCCACAGGCGGCAUGUUUAGACAUGUUGCACGUAAAAGGUUGUAAUGUAGACGUGCCAGGUGCACAUGCGAAUCAAUUAGCGCGGAUUGUUUGUGGCACUGUACUCGCUGGCGAAUUGUCAUUAAUGGCGGCGUUGACCGCUGGGCAUCUGGUAAAGAGCCAUCUCAGACACAAUCGAUCGUCGACGUCAGUUAGUCAGGAGAGCGUCGAAAAGACGGAAUGCGUACCGGAGCGGACGUAGACUGUGGCAUAAAUCUUAACUACGAUAGAUAUUUAUUUAAAGUGCGAUGGUGUAUAUAUUACUAAUCUGUUACCAGUGGUCUUUGUUUUCUAAUUCUAGGUAUUUUACUAUCUUUCUAUACAAAAACAUAAUGUGAAAUUGAUUAUGCGCGGUAGAUGUAUUUCCAUGAUGGCGGACUUUGUACGCAUGCAGAUUAUGUGCUGAAAUGGCGACGAUACAAACGAUUCACACUAAGAAAUGAUUUAUUAUAUGAAAAAAAUUAUGAAUAUAAACGAAGUGGAUUAAA